UUGUCGAUUUGUUUGAUCUAGGUUCUAGGCUUAAUUUAUUCGUUCCUUCCUACUAAUGUAAAUGUAGGUAAUUACAAUUAAAAUGUCAUUACUAGAAGAUGUGUUCCUUGAAGACGAGGCUGGUGAAGCACAAGAGUUAGAGCGAGUGAUCGAAGGUGACGAAUAUGAUGAAAGGCCGCAGUCUCCAAAUAGCGAUGAUAGUGAAGAAAAAGAAGAUGAAGCUGAGGAAGAUAAAAGAAGAGUUGAUCCAACACAAGCAAAAGCUAAGCGUAUUGUGAAAAACCCUAGGUUCAUUUUAAAUCCUGCUCGCCUGACAGGCCCCAGGGGAAUUCAAGUCAUACCCGAUCAUUUUAAAGACUUCAAAUUCAAGGGCAAAGGACAUGAAAAAGAAGACCUGGAUAUGGUCCUCAAAAAACUGGAGCACUGGGCAUACAGACUGUACCCCAAAUUUGGAUUCCACGACUGCUUGAAGAAGAUUGAGACUCUUGGCAAGAAAAAAGCUGUUAUGGUCCACCUCCACAAAAUAAGGUCGGAUCAGAUUACCUCAGAGGAGCCGGUCACACAGCAGGACUCCAGUGACGACGAGGGCGGGGCUCCGCAGGAGGAAGACGAAUUCGACAAGCUGCUGCAGCAGCAGAUAGACAUCGCGAGGGCCACGCCUGCGCCUGCCUCAGCUCGUAAAGCGCCUCAAACACCCAGUGUGGAUAGGUCACUCAUGAUGCCGAAAGCAACUUCAUCUCCUUCCAUCAGCGACGAGCAACGGGAACGUAUGUUACGAAACAGACGUCUAGCCGAAGAAAGGAGGCUUGCCAAACUAAAAAAUGACAAUUCCGUAGCUGAAAAUCCUGACCCUAUUCCCAGAAUAGAAGUUAUUGAUGAAGUAGUGACACGAAAACAUAAUAGAUCUAAUGUUAUUGAUAGUUCCGAUGAAGAUGAUUCAACAGUCAAUCAAUCUAUCACAGUUGAUGUACACAGUAAAGUUGAUGAAAUGGAAGAGGACAUAAAUGAUAAUGAUGAAGAGAACAUAAUUGAUAAAAAGAAUAAUACUGAAGUUAUAACUGAGCCUGAUAACAGUAUGGAAGCAGCUACUGAAGUGGUUUCACGAAAAUGUAACAAAUCGAAUGUUAUUGAUAGUUCUGAUGAUGAAGAUGAUGCAAUCGUUAAUCAGUCGGUCGCCGAUGUAAACAAUAAAGUUGAUAAAAUAGAUCAAUUAACUGACACAAAUCAAGACAAUAAAGUUAAUGACACAGAAGAUUUGAGUCACACCAAUACAAUAAAUAAUUCUGAUAAGAAAUUAGAUACUUCUAUUGGUGAUAACAUCAAAAAUACUGAACAAAACAAUUCAGGUACUGAAAAUGAAUUAGAUAAUGAGGAAACAAUGUCCGAUCGCAAUAGUGAUAUAAGAUUAGAUGAGAAUGAAUUGAUUCAAAACAAAGAACAUGUUAAUUCAGAUAUACCUAACAAUGCUGGAGAAUUAUCUAAUACAGAUAAUGUAGAUUCAAAGAUCAGUAAUGAAACUACUGCAAUAAUUGAUAAGGAUGUUUUAGAAGAUGUAAUGGACGUUGAUUUCACGGACGACUUCUAGGUAAGUAAUAAAACUACUGGUUAUA